UCUCUCCUCACUAAAAAUGGUGGAAAACUGUGCUGCAUUCGGAAAGCGUGCUUUAAACAGAGCCAAGGAAUCCAAUUUCUUCUCUCAAUAUAAAAAAAAUAAUCAGAAAUAUAAGUUGAAUUUCUAAUUCUCUGCAAGAGCUUUCCUCAUCAAAUGCUAAAACCCAUGUGAGAAGUGAGAAAUCUAGUUUGAUUUAGCAAGUGGGGUUGUUUACUUCUUUUCUUUAAAUUCCUCCGGAGGUAUGUACAAGAAUCAGUUGCAAGAACUAGCACAAAGAAGCUGUUUUAAUCUACCUUCAUACACAUGUGUACGUGAAGGACCUGAUCAUGCACCGAGAUUCAAAGCAUCAGUAAACUUCAAUGGGGAAGUAUUUGAAGGACCAUGUAAUUGUACAACACUUAGACAAGCUGAACAUUCUGCUGCUGAGGUAGCUCUUAAUACUCUUUCCAUUAGAGGUCCUUCAAGAUCUUUAACUGCCAAAGUCAUUGAUGAAACUGGAGUGUACAAGAACUUACUUCAAGAAACAGCUCAUAGAGCUGGACUUAAUCUACCAACUUACACUACAGUGAGAUCAGGUCCAGAUCAUUUACCUGUUUUCAGUAGUACUGUUGAAGUUGCCGGUAUGCUUUUCAAAGGGGAACCAGCAAAAACUAAGAAACAAGCUGAGAAAAAUGCUGCAUUGGCUGCUUGGUGUACUUUGAAACAGAUGCCAAGUUUGAGUUUUUCCUCGUCGUCACUGACAAACACUGAUAAUAAUGAAGAACAAGAAAGAGUAGUUGUUGCAAGAGUUCUGUCAAAGUAUAGUCCUAAAGAUGAAACUAAGCAAGGAAAACAAAGGAUUGUGAAUCAAGCGAGAAAAGGAAUAGUUUCAGGAUUUAGCGUUAACAACAGCAAAUGUAGAUAUGGCACUUCUAGUGAGAAUUCAAUGUUAUAUCAGCAGUGGAGGUCUAUAGCUAUGUCAUCAGAUUUCCAUCCAAGCCAAUAUCAGAACAGGGUCUUUGCUCCUCUUCGUCCAACAACGGUAAGGCCAACAGAAAACCCGUCUCUGCUCACAACCAACAAAUCAAUUCCCGUACAAGUUAAAACCAAUCUUCAAGUCAAGAAACAAGAAGUCUCAGUUCCCAUACAAGAACAUCAACAAGAUGAAGAAGAAUGGCUUCAUGGGAAAUCAUUUGUCAACGAGAAAAAACCCAUUGAGAAGGACCUUCUUAAUCAAGCAAAUUCAAAGCCUAACCCAAAUUACCAAAUGUAUACUUAUCCUCAGCUAAUUAACAAUCCAAUGCCUGAUAGAAGAACAACUACAAACCAAACCCAUAUCAGAAGCAUUGGUUAUGUCCCAGCUCUGCCUCCUCCUCCUUCGAUUAGACCAUCUCUUGCAAGGUGCAUGGCGCAGACGACAUUUUCUUACCCUAGACAUAUCAACACCUUUGGAUUUCAUCACUCACAUAACAUGGCUCCAUCAGUUAACAUUAGAUCAGUGGUUCCAGUUUGUGCUGCCCCACCGCCAAUGAUGCCCACAUCAUUAUCAUCAAAUGCUUCAAAACCAGUUAGGAUUCAAGAAGUCUCAUCUUCUUCUCCAGUUUCAGCUACUAAAACUACUGUCACCACCCAACACACUGAACAAGAAGUACAAGAAGCUAGCAGAAAGCUGAGCAACUUACAGUUAUGAAGAAAAGAAGAAGAAAAAGAACCAGAUUAUACUAAUCACCUUUUGUUUUGAGUCCAUAACCAUAACUCAUAUCAAAUGUGGUAAUUUGUUUUGCUACAUCAUUAUUACACUACUCUUUGUUUCGGGUCUUCUUCUACAAUUUCAGAUACUAUUUUUCAAAAAAAUAUCCUAAAAUAAUUUUUUGAGGACCAAAGUCAGAGAGCGUUAGUGCAGACAUUAAUUGGAUUUGCAGAGAUUGGGGGGAGAGGAUAGGGAGGUGUGGACAGAUGAGCUAUAGACAUUAAAUGUGGUCUGAAGAAGAAACUGAUGCAGUGAUAAGAACGAAAGCAAUUUAUUACUACUAAAUUCAUGUCUUUCGCCAUUAAUGCUGCUCUCACCCAGCAGAGAAGAGAGCAGGAGGGAGCACAAUAAAUAAGGAUAGGGAUCCCCCACUCUGAAUCUGAACUAACGUGUUAUUAAGGUAAAGACAGUGUCUUCAAAGAGUUUUACGAAGGAAAAUGUUCAAAAAAUCAGUAAAAAGCAAUAGCAGUUUGGUUGUUAAAAACUGCCACUGAUCUUUUUUUGGUAACAAAAAAAAAACGCUAUUAGAAACGAAGAACUAGAGCCCAAAUAAACUUGCUGCCUAUGAGGCCCUCUGGUUUCAAUUGGGAUCUUACACCUGCCUGUUUCUAAGCAUAACCGGAGCAACUUAUAGAUCCAAU